AGGGGUCAAAAGAUGGGAUUCUGAUGCAGGAGUCAACAGACGGAGAUGACGAAGAUGCUGAUCAACAAUCAACAGAGGGCUCAAAAGAUGGGAGUCACGUGCAGGAAUCAACAAACGGAGAUGACGAUCGACAAUCAACAGAUGGGAGUCUAGUGCAGGAGCCAACAGAGGAAGAUGCUGAUCAACAAUCAACAGAUGGGAGUCUAGUGGAGGAGCCAACGGAGGAAGAUGACGAUCAACAAUCAACAGAUGGGAGUCUAGUGCAGGAGCCAACAGAGGAAGAUGCUGAUCAACAAUCAACAGAUGGGAGUCUAGUGGAGGAGCCAACAGAGGAAGAUGCUGAUCAACAAUCAACAGAUGGGAGUCUAGUGGAGGAGCUAACGGAGGAAGAUGACGAUCAACAAUCAACAGAUGGGAGUCUAGUGGAGGAGCUAACGGAGGAAGAUGACGAUCAUCAAUCAACAGAUGGGAGUCUAGUGCAGGAGCCAACAGAGGAAGAUGCUGAUCAACAAUCAACAGAUGGGAGUCUAGUGGAGGAGCUAACGGAGGAAGAUGACGAUCAACAAUCAACAGAUGGGAGUCUAGUAGAGGAGCAAACGGAGGAAGAUGACGAUCAACAAUCAGCAGAUGGGAGUCUAGUGCAAGAGUCGAUAGAUGGAGAUGACGAUACUCAGGAAUCAACAAAUGGAGAUGCUGAUCGACAAUCAACAGAAGGAAGUCUAGUGCAGGUGUCGAUUGAUGAGGAAUCAACAGAGGGAAGCCUAUGGCAGGAGCCAGAUGAUGGGGAACUUGACCGCCAAUCGACAGAUGGGAGCGAACUGCAGGAAUCAAAUUCUGUUGAAGCAGAUCAUCAAUCAACAGAAGGGAGUGAUUCAGAAAAUUUAAUUGACGAGGAUGCCGAGAAGAAAAAAGAGUGUGUAUCAGGACCAGGCGAUGUAAAAUCCAAGUAUCCAUCAGUGACGGUUCCUGGGUUUCGUAGAAAAGAAGAUGGUUCCAGAAACUACGAUAGACGUCAUGCAUGUUAUUACUGUGGACGGUUGGUGGCAAAGAUACGAAGGCAUUUAGAACAGUGUCAUGGAGAUGAGGUGGAGGUUAUUCGCAUCCUUGCAUUAAAUGACAAGCAAAGAGCGUCUAAAGAGAUUGAAAGGAUUCGUUUGAAAGGAAAUUUUAAUCAUAAUAUCAAUGUGCUGCACUUAGGGGAAGGUGAACUCAUAGUCUCGAGGCGUCCAAGUGGUAGGCGCAAUGCUGAUGAAUAUCUGCCAUGUGUCCACUGCUUGGUAUUCCUCCAUCAGGAUGAAGUGUGCAGGCAUGCAAAGAUAUGCCAGUUCAAUCCGGGCUCAGCUGCCGCGGCUGCCGAUGAUGACAUAGAUGAUGACGAUGCCAAUGACAACGACACUCACCAAGACCGUGUGCAGUCAUCAAAGGUGCAAAGUCGUAUUUUCCUGGAUGCUGCAACAAUUGGAAAUGACGGUAGUGCGGCCGAAUGGUGUCAGCUUAAGGAAGCGGUUAUCUAUCAGAUGCGACAUGACACUGUGGUAUCGAUAAUUGAAAAAGAUUCCCUCAUAAUGAAGUUUGGGGUGAUCUUGCUGAACAAACUUGGUCACAAAAAGCGAAACAUCAUAUCUCAGCGUCUGCGUCAGCUAGGGAGAUUCCUUAUUGCCUUCCGUACAUUACACAAUGACAACUUCAUCUCCCUAUCUGAAAUAUUAUGUGGGAAACAUUUUGAUGUCGCAGUGAAAGCAACUAGGGAGCUUUGUUGCGUGAGUAAGGAGACAACAAUGACUGGUGUAAAUCUAUUGGACAGUCCGAGCAUUGGUCUCCACAUCGGACAUACGCUGAGGAAGUGUGCGCUGGUGAAACACGGUAUUGGGUUAAGGAGAAUGGACAAUGCCAUGGUUGACGAAGCUCAAGUAUUCCUCCAGUUGUUUAAUGCCGAGUGGACUGAAUUAGUAUCAUCUCAUGCACUACAGAGUCUCAAGGAACGUAAAUACAACAGCGUUGAACUGAUUCCUAUUACUGCCGAUUUAAUUAAGCUGCGUGGGCAUCUUCAAAAGAUUUUGCCUGAACUUGAGACAGAUCUCCAGCAGAACACAUCACCAGCUUCAUGGCGAAAACUCGCGGAGGUCGUAUUUUCAAUCGUGACAUUGUUUAACAAGCGGAGAGGCGGUGAGGUCGCAAGGAUGCACCUAUCAUGCUUUGUUGAGAGGCCAAAGUGGAAGGAACAUCGAAACGAAGACAUCCUAUUAUCACUCUCUGCACUUGAACUGAGGCUGAUGGACAGCUUAGACAUGGUCCAAUUACCCGGAAAGCGUAACAGAAAAGUGCCGUUACUCCUCAAGCCGGACUGGAUAAGAGCGAUGCAGCUUCUUGUUGAAAAGCGAACCGAAUGCGGUGUUGACAGUGAAUAUUUCUUUGCGAUUCCUGGAGCAAAGUCGUAUCUAUCACCUUGGAAGGUACUGAAUAAUCAUGCGAAAUUGGCAGAAUGCUCAAGACCUGAUCUCAUAUCAACAACGAAGCUGAGAAAAUACACCGCAACUGUCACGCAGAUACUAGGAUUACAACCUGGAGAGUUGGAGUGGCUGGGAAACCAUCUAGGCCAUACCGUGGAGGUUCACAAGGAUUCGUAUCGCUUGCACGAAUCGACGAUUGAAAUGGCGAAGGUAUCCAAGGUUCUUUUGGCCAUUGAAAACGGUACAGCGGGAAAUUUCCAGGGAAAAUCAUUGAAUGAGAUUCAGCUAGACGAUGUUGUGUUGCCUGAUGGCAGUUUAGACGAUGGAAGCAUCAACGAAGAUCCAUCCAUGACAGAAGGUCUCAAUGAUUCAAAGGGCAAUGGAAAGGUUUCGAAGUGUAGCCGUGCGACUGUGCCAAAUGGAAGAAAGACAUUAAAGGGGUGCGAAAAGAACAAGUUGGUGGAAAAGAAUAAGAAAGGUCAGCAAAGUUCCGAACACUCUCGUCGUCCAAAACGGAGUACAAAAGAAGUCAAAUACGAUGUAGGUGAAACUGAAGUUUUAGAUGAUUCCUUCAUCGAUGCUGAUUACAGAGAGGAAUCCACCAGUGACUCCAGCAGUGAUUCCGGAAAUGACAGCUUACAAUCGGAAAAUAUGCCACCUAAGGUAACCAAAGCUAAAGAUUCAAAGUCUGGUAAGAAAACAUGGGUUAAAUGGUCAAACGGAGAAAUUGCUAUUCUCCAGACUCAUUUUCAAUGUAAUAUUAGAAAUGACAGAGUUCCCAGAAAGGCUGACGUUGAUAAGGUUAUGAAUAAGUUCCCGGUCUUACAAACACGGAAUUGGGUGCAAAUCAAGAGUAAAGUUCAAAAUCUGAUUAAACGUAAAUCAAGUCUUCGUAGUGAUAUACUGAAAAAGGGAUCAGAGAGGCUGUGAUAGGCCUACUGGGGCACAACUGAAAAUUCAAAGGUGACGCCGUAGCAUGCCUGCAUUAUUUGAUUACAGUGAAACCUGUCUAAUGGAAACAGUCACGGUGCCCGAAAAAAAGUUGACAUUAGACAGGUGUUUCCAUUAUGCAGGUUGAAAAGAUUGACACAAGUCACGUGUGUUCAUCAAUGACAAUGACAUUGUUAAACAGUAAUUAAGAACUGAUUGCCACAAGCAUGCUUUACAAAGGGUCUCAAUGACAAUGAUUGCAUCAAAUUAGUUGUUUCGAACAUCAUCAAUGGAUGCUAAUCACAGUGCUUUUCACUAAUUACUUCA